AUGAGCUCCGACGACAACGCUGCUGCCUCCACGCCUGCGGUCAUCGCCACAGAACUGAAGCUACCAAAUUUUUGGCCGAAAAAUCCAAGAGUUUGGUUCAGCCAAGUGGAGGCCCGUUUUCAGCUCCGGCAUAUCACCUCGCAGUCGACAAAAUAUCUUCACGUCGUCGCAGCCCUGCCCCCCGAAAUCGCCGACGCUAUCGACGACAUUUUGGUUUCACCCCCCGCGCAAGAACAAUAUGACACCCUCAAAAAGACGGUGCUGGACCGCCUCGAGGCGCCUGAAGAAAGCAGACUGCAGCAGCUCUUGUGUCGCGAAGAGCUGGGCGACCAACGACCUUCCCAACUGCUGCACCGUAUGCGGCAACUACUCGGUGUGCACGCGCGUCAGGACGGCCAGCUCCCACUUCUUCGUGAACUUUUCCUGCAACGGCUCCCCCAGUCGGUGCGCGUGGUUCUCGCGGGUUCAAAUGAGACGUCCCUUGAUCAACUAGCGCAACUUGCCGAUCGCAUCACGGAAUACUCAACUCCAACCUUUGCGCCCAUAGCUGCUGCAAGAACACAUGAGCAACCAGAUCGACUGUCGCGCCUUGAGGAGAAACUGCAACACCUUACCGAGACCAUGCAGAAACUUGUGCUAUCUGGCGCUCCCCAACAGGACGAGCAACGACGCAACCGAUCCCCUUCAAGACACCCAAGCUCUUCCCAGAGAAGCCAUGCACGAGAUACACAGGACGGAGUCGACCGCGUAAGCAACUCGCGCCUGCUAGUCGACACGGGAGCCGAAAUCUCUAUUGUCCCGGCAACCCCCGAGGAUCGCCGACGUAGCAAGAACACAUCGUCGCUGCAGGCAGUGAACAACACUGCCAUCGCUACGUACGGCUUCCGCUCGCUGACAAUAGACGUCGGACUCAGGCGCCUGUUUCGCUGGGUCUUCGUGGUGGCGGAUGUUAAUUUCGCCAUACUCGGAGCAGAUUUUCUCAGCCACUUCAACCUGGAUGUGAGCGUACGUGACCGUUGCCUCAAGGAUAACAACACAUCCCUCAAAGUACGUGGUUUGGAGUCAAACAUCUGCUCAUCUGGCAUCUGCGCCUUCCAGCCAGUAUCAGCCUACCACCACGUCCUGGCCGAAUUCCCCUCGCUCACCAAGCCCCGCAACACGGAACAGCCGGGUGAAACAUAA